AUGCCAAUAAUAGGAAUCAAGAAGUCGGUUAUCGACCGAUACAUGGGCAGAGUAUAUACACAAAAGGAGUUCGAGAAUUUGUUGUUCGAUUAUGGCUUAGAACUCGAUGAAGUGAUAAGCGAAAAAGCUAUAGCGCAAAAAGAACAAGGUUUAACAAUGGGUGAGAAGGAUGUGAAUGAAGUAUGUGAAGUAUGUGACGAGGAAAUAUAUAAAAUAGAGUUACCAGCAAAUCGUUAUGAUUUGCUCUGUAUUGAAGGUCUUUCGCGUGCCUUGCGGAUAUUCAGAAACGAGAUGAAGCCACCAAUUUAUCAACGGUAUAGAUCGCCUCAUUGUCGACAUCAGAUAGUAAUUAAACCUGAAGUUCUAUCGAUACGGCCAUUUAUCGUAGGAGCUGUUUUAGUCGGUGUCAAAUUAGAUUCUGAUUCUUACGCUUCACUAAUUGAUUUGCAAGAUAAACUGCACCAGAAUAUAUGUCGAAAGAGAACUUUAGUAGCUAUUGGUACGCACGACUUGGAUACAGUGGAAGGUCCUUUUUAUUACGGAGCAGAGAAACCUGCUAACUUGCGGUUCAGACCAUUGAAUCGAACAAAGGAGUAUACGGCAGAGGAAAUGAUGGUUUUGUAUUCUGGGGAUAAUUAUUUGAAAUCAUAUCUUCCAAUUAUUAUCGAUAAGGAGCGAUAUCCGGUAGUUAGAGAUAAAAAUGGAAUUGUGUUAUCUAUGCCACCCAUUAUCAACGGGGAACAUUCGAAAAUCCAGCUUAGUACCCGCAAUAUAUUGAUCGAAGUAACAGCAACGCAACUGGAAAAAGCUAAAAUAGUACUUAAUACAAUCGUAUCAAUGUUCAUCCAAUACACAUCAAAUACAACUAAAGAUGACAGUACUUCGUUCCUUGUUGAACCAGUGGAAGUUAUUGCGGUCGAUGGUACCAAAUGCGAAUACCCGGAUCUCAGUGACAGAUCGAUGGUAGUAAGCGUUGAUGGCAUCAAUGGAAGAAUUGGACUGAAUUUGAAAGCUGAGGAAAUGUGUUCUCUUCUGAAUAGAAUGUCACUUAGAACGGAAGUAUGUUCGAAGGAUAAAAAUCAAAAUCUUCUAGAAGUUCGAGUACCUGUAACGAGAGCUGAUGUAUUGCAUGAAUGUGAUGUGGCAGAAGAUGUCGCUAUUGCAUAUGGUUUUAACCGGAUUGAACAGCAGUUCCCAAAAGCUUAUACUAUUGGAGAGCCAUUUCCACUGAAUAAGUUAACAGAUUUGCUACGGUAUGAUGUCGCUGCUGCCGGUUGGACGGAAACAUUAAACUUUGCUUUGUGUAGCCGUGAUGAUACAUCAGUGAAGUUAAGAAAACCGGAUAAUCUCGAGCAUACCGUUAAAAUAUCGAAUCCCAAAACGUCUGAAUUUCAGGUAGCCAGGACGUCGUUACUUCCUGGUUUAUUAAAAACACUUGCUUCUAAUAAGGAUAUGCCAUUACCUCUUCGAUUGUUUGAGAUUCAAGAUGUGAUUUUGAAAGAUUCAUCUGCAGACGUAGGAGCAAGAAAUGAGCGUCGCUUAUGUGCUUUAUAUUGCAGUAAAUCAUCAGGUUUUGAGAUUAUACACGGCUUACUAAAUCGAGUUAUGCAGCUUCUUGGAGUAAAAUGGACCAGGGAUGGAACAGGAUAUUAUAUUGUGGCUUGUGACGAUCCCACUUAUUUGGAUGGACGAUGUGCAGAAAUCAUUGGACCGGCUGGGAUUUCCCUGGGUCGAGUUGGUGUCCUACAUCCAGAUGUGAUAACUGCUUAUGGACUUGUAUUACCUAUUUCCAUUAUGGAUAUCACUAUUGAACCAUUUCUGUGA